CAGAGGUACACAACAUUAAGACAGAGCUGUGGGACGCUAGCCGUAAGGUUGAGCGUGUACGUUAGCUACGAUGAAGGUGGUCAUCUGCUUAGCUUCUGUGAUGCUCCUGGUUGGACUAAGUCAUCAGCAAUCUAAAAAAGAUUGCAACCUCGAGCCAGAAACGGGGUCAUGCAGGGGGUCGCUUCGUCGGUUCUACUUUCACCCUUCAUGUGAAGAGUGUGACACCUUCACCUACGGUGGUUGUGGUGGUAAUGCGAACAACUUCAAAAGCAUCGAGGAAUGUGAGAAAACCUGUUUUCCAGUCUGCAAACUUAAACCAGUAACCGGACGCUGCAGGGCGGCCUUUCGUCGGUAUUUCUACGACCCUGACAGCGAAAGGUGUAAGAAGUUCAUCUACGGUGGCUGCGGUGGCAACGCCAACAAUUUCAAGACUAAAGCCGCGUGUGAGAAAGAAUGUGUCCCAGUUUGCGAACUUAAGCCUGAAGUCGGACGCUGCAGGGGGCGGAAACGGAGGUUCUUCUACGACCCUGACACCAAAAAGUGUAAGAAGUUCUUCUACGGUGGCUGCGGUGGCAACGCCAACAAAUUCAAGACUAAAGCCGCGUGUGAGAAAGAAUGUGUCCCAGUUUGCGAACUUAAACCGAAAGUCGGACGCUGCAAGGCGCGGAAACGUAGGUUCUUCUACAACUCUGAUUCCCAAAAGUGUGAGGAGUUCUUCUAUGGCGGCUGUGAUGGCAACGCCAACAACUUCAAGUCCGUCGCUGAAUGUGAGGAAACCUGCAUCCCAGUUUGCAACCUUAAACCAGAGGUCGGACGUUGCAGAGCGGCGAUCCCUCGGUUUUUCUACGACCCUGACACCGACACUUGUAAGAAGUUCACCUACGGUGGCUGUGGUGGCAACGGCAACAACUUCAAGACCAAAGCCGAGUGCGAAGACAGAUGCUCUCAACAGCUGGCUGGGCGUGAAUGCCAUCUUGAGCCAGAACGGGGGCCAUGCAAGGCGACCUUCGGUCGGUUCUUCUACGACCCUGAGAGCGAAACCUGUAAGAAGUUCACCUAUGGAGGCUGCGGCGGCAACGCCAACAACUUCGAAACCAUCGCUGAGUGUGAGAAGACCUGUGUCCCAGUUUGCAAACUUAAACUUAAAGUCGGACGCUGCAGGGCGCAUGGGCUUACCAAAGAGUGUAAGACGUUCACCUACGGUGGCUGCGGCGGCAACGCCAACAAAUUCAUGACCAAAGCCGAGUGUGAAAAUACGUGUGUCCCAGUUUGCGAACUUAAACCGAAAGUCGGACGCUGCAGGGCGUGGACACGUAGGUUCUUUUACAACACUGAUUCCCAAAAGUGUGAGGAGUUCUUCUAUGGCGGCUGUGAUGGCAACGCCAAUAACUUCAAGACCGUCGCUGAAUGUGAGGAAUUCUGCAACCCAGUUUGCAACCUUAAACCAGAGGUCGGACGUUGCAGAGCGGCGAUCCCUCGGUUUUUCUACGACCCUGACACCGACACUUGUAAAGAGUUCACCUACGGUGGCUGUGGUGGCAACGGCAACAACUUCAAGACCAAAGCCGAGUGUGAAGACACAUGCUUCGCGUGUACGUCAGCCACAAUGAAGGUGGUUCUCUGCCUAGCUUCUGCGAUGCUCCUGGUUGGACAAAGUCAUCAGGUAUCUCCUCAUGAAGAAUGCAAUCCUGAGCCAGAACGAGGGCCAUGCAAGGCGGCCUUCCGUCGGUUCUUCUACGACCCUGAGAGCGAAACCUGUAAGAAGUUCACCUAUGGAGGCUGCGGCGGCAACGCCAACAACUUCAAAACCAUCGCUGAGUGUGAGAAUACCUGUGUCCCAGUUUGCAAACUUAAACUUGAAGUCGGACGCUGCAGGGCGCAUGAGCUUACCAAAGAGUACUCAUUCUGCAAACUUAAACCAGUAACCGGACGCUGCAGGGCGGCCUUCCGUCGGUAUUUCUACGACCCCGACACCAAAAAGUGUAAGACGUUCACCUACGGUGGCUGUGGUGGCAACGCCAACAACUUCAAGACCAUCGCUGAGUGUGAAAAUACGUGUGUCCCAGUUUGCGAACUUAAACCGAAAGUCGGACGCUGCAGGGCGCGGUUACGUAGGUUCUUCUACAACACUGAUUCCCAAAAGUGUGAGGAGUUCUUCUAUGGCGGCUGUGAUGGCAACGCCAAUAACUUCAAGACCGUCGCUGAAUGUGAGGAAACCUGCAACCCAGUUUGCAACCUUAAACCAGAGGUCGGACGUUGCAGAGCGGCGAUCCCUCGGCUUUUCUACGACCCUGACACCGACACAUGUAAAGAGUUCACCUACGGUGGCUGUGGUGGCAACGCCAACAACUUCAAGACCAUCGACGAGUGUGAGGACAGAUGCUCGUCCACGUACACCAUGCUGAUGCUUAUCGUCUCCACAGCUCUACUCCUGGCUGGACACAGUCAGCAGAUGCCUUGGGAAGAAGAUUGCAACCUCAAACCAGAAGGCGGACAUUGCAAAAGGGCACUUGCUCGGUUUUUCUACGACCCUGACACCGGAACAUGUAAAGAGUUCUCCUACGGUGGCUGUGGUGGCAACGCCAACAACUUCAAGACCAAAGCCGAGUGCGAGGAAACAUGUGUUCCAGUAAUUACCACGGAACAUAAAAUGGACCAGAUGUGUACUGAUGUGUCGGACGACGGAGUUAUAUUACCCGGAUUCAGUCAUACGCAAAACAAUCUCCGCCUGACUCGUGAAGCACCUCCAUCCGCAAUAAUGAAGCUUAUCGUCUGCACAGUUUUGGUGAUACUCUUGGCUGGUCAAAGUCACCAGAUACCGUCUACAGAAGUUUGCGAAAUGAAACGAGAUCCCGGACGGUGUUUGGCGUAUAUGCCUCGGAUCUACUUCAACCCUGACAGCAAAAAGUGUGAGAGCUUCAUCUACGGCGGCUGCGGAGGCAACGCCAACAACUUCAACAGCAUCGCCGAGUGUGAGAAAACGUGUCCUCCGGGUUCUGUCUGCCAUUUGAAGCCGAAGACGGGGCCGUGCAAGGCGCUGUUCCACCGCUUCCACUACAACGCCGACACAAAGAAGUGCGAGACGUUCAUCUACGGUGGCUGCGGCGGCAAUGGCAACAAUUUCCGCAACAUCGCCGACUGCGAGAAAACGUGCAGUGGCUUUUUUUGCGAAAUGAAACGAGAUCCCGGACGGUGUUUGGCGUAUAUGCCUCGGAUCUACUUCAACCCUGACAGCAAAAAGUGUGAGAGCUUCAUCUACGGCGGCUGCGGAGGCAACGCCAACAACUUCAACAGCAUCGCCGAGUGUGAGAAAACGUGUCCUCCGGGUUCUGUCUGCCAUUUGAAGCCGAAGACGGGGCCGUGCAAGGCGCUGUUCCACCGCUUCCACUACAACGCCGACACAAAGAAGUGCGAGACGUUCAUCUACGGUGGCUGCGGCGGCAAUGGCAACAAUUUCCGCAACAUCGCCGACUGCGAGAAAACUGAAUACAAUGUUGUUGCAGCCUGCCAUUUGAAGCCGGAGACGGGGCCGUGCAAGGCGCUGUUCCACCGCUUCAACUACAACGCCGACACAAAGAAGUGCGAGACGUUCAUCUACGGUGGCUGCGGCGGCAAUAGCAACAAUUUCCUCAACAUCGCCGACUGCGAGCAGGCGUGCAAUGGCUUUUGAAAGAUGUUGACAGUGUCCCACUGACCAAGAGCAGUAAAAUCUACCAAAACUUGUCGCUACUUCAUUAAAAAUAUAUGAAUAUUUA